AUGGAGUCCAUUACUCGUGUAUCUAUGAAUGUUUGCCCAUUCGUCAAAUCAUCCUCAGCUUCAGCCCUCCGUAAGAUUAGCCAGAACUCCGGCUUGGCUAACCAGGCUCGUCAGUGCCCAUUCAUGGGUGCUGCUUUGCUCGCAAAGGAAAGGGCCAGCGGUGGAUCCAGAAACUACUCUUCUGCUUCCAAGCCUGUCAAUGCCACCGCAGCACCAUCCGUCUCAUCGCCAAAGGCUUCUUCUCCUUAUUCAUUCACUGGGUCAGCCUUGAACGACAGCCAAUUGAACCUCGGCAGGUCCUCCAACGAAACUUCGUUCGACUUCAAGGGCUACCUCAGCGACGAGUUGAACAAAAAGAGAUCCGACAAGUCUUACCGUUUCUUCAACAACAUCAACCGUUUGGCCCAGGAAUUCCCAUUGGCUCAUCGUGCCUCUGAAGAGGACAAGGUCGCCGUUUGGUGCUCCAACGAUUACUUGGGUAUGGGCAAAAACGAAAAGACCAUUGCCGAAAUGAAGCGGGUCUUGGACAAGUAUGGGUCCGGUGCCGGUGGUACCAGAAAUAUCGCGGGUCACAACUUGCAAGCCAUUAAGUUGGAAGCUGAGUUGGCCGCUUUGCACAAGCACGAGGCUGCAUUAGUCUUCUCGUCCUGUUUCGUAGCCAACGAUGCCGUUUUGUCUUUGUUUGGUCAAAAGAUCAAGGACUUGGUGAUUUUCUCCGACGAGUUGAACCAUGCGUCCAUGAUUCAAGGAAUCAAAAACUCCAGAGCCAAGAAACACAUCUUCAAGCACAACAACUUGGAAGAUUUGGAGCUCUUAUUGCAACAGUACCCAAAAUCUACCCCUAAGUUGAUUGCUUUCGAAAGUGUCUAUUCCAUGUGCGGAUCUAUUGCUCCUAUUGAAAAGAUCUGUGACUUGGCCGAAAAGUAUGGAGCCUUGACCUUUUUAGACGAAGUCCACGCUGUUGGUAUGUACGGUCCACACGGUGCCGGAGUUGCUGAGCACUUGAACUUUCAACAGCACUUAGCUAGUGGUAUUGCAUCCCCAGCCACUGAAACCAUUAUGAACAGAAUCGACAUGAUUACUGGUACCUUAGGAAAGGCAUAUGGUUGUGUCGGUGGAUACAUCACCGGUAAAGCCAACUUAAUUGAUUGGUUUAGAUCUUAUGCUCCAGGUUUCAUCUUCACCACCACAUUACCGCCAAGUGUCAUGGCUGGUGCAAGACAGUCUAUUCGUCACCAAAGAUCUACCUUGGUUGACAGAGUUGCCCAACAAAAGAACACUCGUUACGUCAAGAACAAUUUGAACAACAUUGGUGUACCAGUCAUCCCUAAUCCAUCUCAUAUCGUCCCUAUUUUGGUCGGUAACGCUGCUGAUGCAAAGGCUGCAUCUGACUUGUUGUUAGACAAACACAACAUCUAUGUUCAAGCCAUUAACUUCCCAACUGUCCCAAUUGGACAAGAAAGAUUAAGAAUCACUCCAACUCCAGGCCAUGGCCCUAAGAUCGCCAACGAAUUGUUGGAUGCAGUUGAAAGUGUCUUCAACGAAUUGAGCUUGAAGAAGAUUUCCGAUUGGGAAAUUGAAGGUGGCUUGUGCGGUGUUGGAGAAAAUGGUCCAGCAGUGGAACACAUCUGGACUGAUGAACAAUUAAGUUUAACUGACAAGGACUUAAACCCUAACGUUGUGGAGCCUGUAAUUCAACACGUUGGUGUCAGUUCAGGUGUAACUGCUUACUAA